AUGUCCUCCGACACUGCCGCGUCCUGUCUGCUGGACAUUGUUGUCUUCGCGGGCGGGGACUCACUGGAUCUGAUGCCGCUGACUGCCGUGGAGCAGAAGACGAUGCUGCGGAUCUGCAACCGACCCUUGAUUUGGUACGCCAUCACGCCAUGGAUCGAGGCAGGCUUUCGCUGCUUCUUUCUGUGCGUCAACGAGGACUACGCGACACUGCGAGCGUACCUCUCUCGGGCUUUUGACGGCAUCGACUUCCACUAUAUUCUUGUUCCCUCCAACAUUGGCGAUCACCCGUCCACAACGUGCGACGCUGUCAAGGCGUACCUCAAGCACAAGGAGGCGCUGCGGGUUGGCGAGGAGGGCACGCUCGCCGAGGUUUCUCGUGGCAUGCCGGAUCGCGACGACCCCGCGAUGAACGUGGAGGCAAGCGGUGGCCGCUCUCCUUCUGUGAUGUCACUGCAUGAGGCGCAACAGUACCGCGGCGCCAGUGGCAGCCGAAAUCACGGUGGCAGCACCAGCCACAGCAAUCGUGACCCGCUGAGGCUCGAGCGCAUGAACAGCGCCGGCCUCCCGCGCGAUGCUCUGCUGCUGAGCUGCGACACCAUCCUUGUCGACGUUGACGUAGCGAGCUUCGUGGAGCGUCACUACGCCUCUCUGGCGUCCGUGACGGCAUUGCUAUACCGCCCUCUGCGCAAGCGCGGCGGCGGUGAUCACAAAGGUGGCCACCGACACGGAAAGGGUGGUGGUGGUGCUUCAGCCGACGCCGCGGAGGUGUCCUACACCCACGCGCUGUCGUGUGUUGCCUACGAGGAGACAGAUGUGCUUGUCUCCAUGGCACUCGGUGCGGCCUCUAGCGCGCCAACCUCCUCAUGUAGCCGACACUUGCCGAGUGGGCUGCUGUCGCAGUCGCUGCACGCCUCUGCCGGCCUGAGUGCCCGCUCACCCUGCGAGGCACGCACCAUGACGGCCGAGCCCGUUCACGUCCACCACCACCGCAUGCACUACCUCAACCCGCUCGAGGGCAAGCCUGAGGUGCGUAUUACCACGGCGUUCGCAGCGCGCCGUCCUGACUUGACGUUCGCCGCCGAUGUUGUCGACGCGCACGCGUACCUGAUGAGCCGUUGGGUGCUCGAGUUUAUUGCGGAAUCGGCAGGCGUUUCGGACAUGAGCGUGCGCAAGGACAUUCUGCCUCUGCUGGCACGUAGUCAACACACCACUGUCAACGUAGCUGAAAAAGUGUUCGUGACGCCGGCGGAGAAGCUGAAGAUGAACGUGCCGCUUCACUGGCUCGGCGAGGGCGCCGAGAUCUCGGCGCAGUCGCUUAACGCUGCGUGUGGACUUUCACUGCCGGAGGUGACAGACUCGCUGCGCGUGUUCUGCACUAUCUACGAGGAGGACCCCGACGUGGGGUGCCGCAUCUGCCGCAUGAACACCCGCGACAACUACCGCGCACUGAACCACGACAUCAUCUCCGCCAAGUGCUCCCAGCUUCAGCUAGAGGAGCCACCGCUGAGCACCGGCGGUGUUGCAGGCACUGGUGGUGCAUUCGGCGGAGGCACCAGAGCCAUGAACCGCUUCGCGCUACCAUCCUUACUUCCCCAUGGCGGCGCCCACGCCGGCCACAUAAGCGCUGCUGGUGGAGCAGCACAUGGCGACAGCGGCAAGCCGGCACCGUCCGCUGGCGCUGUGGCCCUUUCCUCACUCCUUCCGGAUAACCCGAUCACGCUGCGGGAGAAGAUUGGCGACCAGCAGGUGUGCAUUAUCGGCAGUUUCAUCGACUCCGUCCCGCCACCGAACGUGUUCGUGACGCGCAGUGUGAUUGGCGCGCACGUCACGCUGGAACCCGGCGUUCGCAUCACGGACAGCAUCCUCAUGGGCAACGUUGAGAUUGGUGCCAAGGCGGUCGUGUCGAAUAGCGUCAUCGGCACCGGUGCUGUCGUGAACGCCGGAUGUCGCGUUGUGGGCACCAUUGUCGGGCCCCGUUGCGUCGUCGAGGAGAACGCAAGCGACACCAUAAUUGAGUAA